AUACACCUAAAUUUGAAGCAGAAGAUCCUGGCAUAGAGAAAACACACGCGAAGGCCCCGUUGCUCCUCUCAAGUGUCAGAUCGCGCAUGUGCAGUCCGCGAGUUACACAUUGGACUUCUAUAUACCAAAAUAAACUUAAGCAUGGGCCGUAAGGGGCGUUAGCUCGUUGGUGCAGUUUCGUGCAUUUGCAAUUCGUCGACGAGGUCAAACGCCGGUCCGCUUCAAAUGUCUCAACCGGGCAUAGCUCCUGUGGAGGUUGCAGGCGUAUUACCCCAACCCGCCGUGAAGACCAACCGCGGUGCUUCCGAUUUACUUGAGGCGCAGCUGUUUGCGUAUGGAGUGGGUUCUAGUGUCGCAGUUGUCGAGGUGCACGGGCUGCAGCUGGCCUGCCUGCUGCAGGGCGGCCACCGCAACCAUGCAGUCACAGCGGUCAAGUGGUGCCCUAACUGCCACUCUAGGGACCUCAAGAGCCACAGCAGCCACCUGAGGCUGGCGUCUGGCGACGCGGACGGCGGGGUGGUGGUGUGGAGUGUGCUGUCCGGCAGCGUCAUCAGCAGGCUGGAGGACGCUAUCGGCGGCCGGGACCUGCUCGCUCGCGCCAGCAGCCGGGCCAGUGCGGGCGGCGGCGAGGGCGGCGGCGGCGGCGGCGGUGCGGGGCCGGGCGGCGUGUCUCCGGGCGGCGUGGCGGGCCUGGCCUGGGUGCUGUCUCCCCAGCUGGCGGUGCUGGCGGUGCUGCUGGCGCCCGGGACACUGGUGCUGUGGGAUACGCGAGGCGGCGCGCUGCUGUGGCGCAAGGAGCUGGCCUCGCCGGACGUGUGGCAGGGGCUGCAGGCGGACCCGCUGGACUGCCGCCGCCUGGCGGUCAGCAGUGCUCAGGGCGGGCUGGCGCUGCUGGCGCUCACGGACCCGGGCGCGGACCGCGUGGAGAUGAGGCAGUACAGGGUCAACGUGGGGCCGGCCACCACCACGCCCAGCAAGGACGCCCACUCCGCCGCCGCCGCGCCCGCCACCUUCUCCGCGCACUUCGCCGCCACACGCGACCUGCUGUUCCUGCUGCUGCCGCGUGAGAUCAUGGUGUACGACACGGAGCUGGGCGUGCCCGCCUGCUCCCGCCCGCUGCCCCCCGGCCGCCCCCCCUUCGCAUGCCUGCUGGGCGUGUACGGCCGCGGCGUGAGCGGCGGCUGCGGCGACGAGGGCGGCUGCGACGUCAUGUACGCCGCACACACGGACGGCAGCGUCAGCGUGUUCAUGCGCGUGCCGGGCGAGCUGCGCUACACGCUCAGCUGCGCGGGCCGCCUGACGCCGCCGCCGGCCCGCGGCACGCUGCCUGCGGUGCAGCUGCUGGCGCUGAGCGCGGGGCUGUGGCGGGGCGACGGCGCGGACCUGGCGGGGGGGCACGUGGACGCGGCCCCCGCCGGCGCGCCCUCCUCCGCCCGGCUGGAGGCCGCCACCCAGCGCCUGAGGUCCGUGUUCCACCCAGACACAAUUGGAUUCGACAGCCCGGGAGGCGGCGGCGGCGGCGGUGGCGGCCGCAACCGCUCCGCCACGGACGCCGGCGGCGCCGGCGACACGAACGGCGCGGCGCCGCAGCAAACCGACUCUGGUGGCGUGUUGAGUGGCGGCGGCGGCGGCUCGGCGGCGGGCCCGGCGGCGGCUGUGGGCGCUCUGCUGGGUGGCGGCACCGGGCCGCCGCGGCAUCAGGAGCACCCGCACCACCACCCCGCGCCACCGGGCGCGCUGCCGCCGGGCGCGGCCGCGGCAGCCGCGGCUGCUGCUGCGGCUGCUGCUGCGGCUGGUCCGGCGGCAGUGGGGCCCACGUGGCUGCAGGCGCCCACCGCCAGGGCCACGCUGCUGGUGGUGGCGCUGACCGGCGACGGCCGCGUGUGGCGCUGGGACGCGCCGCUGCCGCGCCUGUUCGCCUCCGACGUCCAGCGCCUUGCCUACCUGGCCUCUCAACCACACGCCCAACCCCUCCCACACCCCCACCCGCACCCGCACUCGGGAGCCGGCGGCUCCGGCGCGCCGCAGGCGCUGGGCUCGCCCGCAGCAUCGGGGCCCGCGGCGGCGGUCAUUCCGCGGGAGCUGCCGCCGGCGGCCACGCCGCAGCUGGCCGGCCUGCUGCACACACUGCCCUCCACCGUCACCUCCUUCGCCUUCUACCCGCGCCCCGUGGCCGCGUCCUGGCUGGGCCGAGGGCUGGCGGGCGGCGGCGGCGGCGGAGGAGGUGGAGGCGGCGGCGAGCGGGGCAAGGGCGGCGGCGGCGGCGGCGGCGGGUCGGGGUCGGGCGGCGGGGCGGUGGUGCUGCUGGGGGCGGCGGCCACGAGCGGCGGCAGCAUUGAGCUGUUCACGGUGCAGCGCGGCCUGGUGUCGCCGCUGUCGCUGCACGUGUCCGCCUCACUGUCCGCGCACAGGGACGCGGCUAUCAAGGGGCUGCGCUGGCUGGGCGCCACCCCCCGCCUGGCCACCUUCUCCUGCGAGCGCGGCCCGCACGGCACCCACACCAACGUCCUGCUCAUCACCGACGUCCGCAGCGGCCGCUCCGUAAUGCUGCCGCGAGCCACCGCCGACUCGCCAAGCGGCGCCGGCGGCGGCGGAGGUGGAGGCGGCGGCGCGGGCGGCGGCGGCGCGGCCGCCUCCGGCGGCGGCAAUGGCGGCGCGGGCGGGAGCGGCGGGGGAGGGGGCGGGGGUGUGGGGGUUGGCGGCGGCGGCGGCGAGACGGCGCAGCUGAUCAGCCUGCGUGCCUCGCCGUGCGGCUGCUACCUGCUGGUGCUCAUGAACGGCGCGCCGGCGGAGCUGUGGGGGGUGUGGCCGGGCGUGCCGCCGCAGCGGCUGCGGCUGCUGGACGUGUCCUGGACCAGUGUGGAGUGGGUGCAGCCACACCUGCCGGGCGCGGGGCCCGCACACCACCUCUACAACACGGAAGCCGCCGCGGGCGCCGGCGGCGGGGCCCCCACGUGGUCGCAUGCGGCGGCGGCGCCGCCGCCUGAGGAUCUGGUGACGGCGUGGGAGCUCGGCCGCGAGCCGCCGCCGCCGCCGCCACUGGGCGCCGCGCCGCCGGGGUCCGUGGCGGCACUGGAGCGCAAUGCGGCGUCACAGCGCGGCAGCAACGACGGCGGCGGCGGUGGUGGUGGCGGCGGCGGCGGCGGCGGCGGGCCUGACGGCGCGCCGCUCAGUGGCGGCGUGGUGAGCGGCAUCAGCACUUGGUCCAGUGCCACCAACGCCGCCGGCCUGCCGCAUGAGGCCGCGUCGGAGGCGGCGGCGGCGGCGGCGGCGGCGGGCCCACCGCCGUCAGUGCCAUGGCCGCCGCCGCCGGGCAUGGGCGUGGGCCGCAGCGGCGGCGGCGGCGGCGGCGGCGCGGUGGCGGCUGAGGAGUUUUUGGUGUUUACGCUGGCGGACGGCCGCGCCGGCAUGUUGUCGGUCCGCGGCAAGCGUGUGGCCGAGGCGCACGUGAAGCAGCCCAUGGCUGGCCUGCUGGCGCCGCUGGGCAUGGCCGCCAGUGCGAUGGCGGCGUGGGGGCGGCUGGCGGUGAUGGGCGACGGCGAGGGGCGGCUGGCGGUGUGGGACUGGGGCACGGGCAGGACCACCGUCGUGGCAACCAACCUGGGCCGCAUCCGCCGCAUUCACAUCGGCGCGCCCGUGCCGCCCACCGCCGCCACCGUGGCCGCCGCCGCCGCGGCGGGCGCCGCCAGCAUCAGCUCCUACGCCGCACCCAGCUCCACCUCCGCCACCUCCUCCACCUCCUCCUCCUCCGCUGCGGCGGCGCCCAAGCCGCCGCUGUCCGCCACCUCCGGCCCCAGCUCCUGGUCCACCUCCGCCUCGCCCUUCGCAACCAACUCCUCCAUGCCAUUUGGCGGCGCCGGGGGCGCCGGCGGCGCCGCCGCCGCCGCGCCCGCCGCCGCCGCGGCGGCGGCUGUCGCCGCCGCCGGUCUGGCGCCGCUGCCGGCGGGCGUGACGUACAACAAGGCACGCGUGGCGGUGCACUUUGCCAACGGGCUGUGCUGUGUGUUUGACCUGGACUCCAACAACAAGCUGCGGCCCACGCCGGUGACGCCGGCGGCGGUGCAGCGGGCGGGCGUGCGCGCCAUUCAGGACGCAGCAUGGCUGCCGCUGGGCUGGGCGGCGGCGGCAGUCGCCGGCGCCGCCGGCGCCGGCACUGGCGACGGUGGCACGGAGCAGCAGCAGCAGCAGCAGGGCGCGGAGGGCGCGUCUUCGCUGUCGUUGCUGGCAGUGGUGACGGAGGAGGGCGCGCUGUCGGUAUUGGAUGUGGGCUCCGCGCCGGCGCUGACGGCGCCGCCCGCCGCCGCGCCGGCCGUGCCUGCAAGCGGAACGCCCACACGCCUUGCCGGCGCCGCUGCCGCCGGCGGCGGCGGUGGCGGCGGCGGCUCCCCCGCCGCCCCGCGCCGCCAGCCCUUUGGCGGCGUCAGCAGCCGGUCACUGGCGCUGAAGGCUGCGCUACAGCCAGCGCCACGGCCGGCAGUAGCAGCCGCCGCGGGAGGCGGCGGCGGCGGCGAGCUGGCGCGCGUGUCGGGCCUCAGCGACGGCGGCGCCUCGGUGGCGGCGGACGGCGGGGCGGCGGCGUCGCCGGUGCAGCUGGCGACGCAGCUGAGCCUGGCGCAGGCGCCGGCGCUGGGGUCGUGCCUGCUGCUGCCGCGGCCGUGGGCGAUGCUGCUGCGGCUGCUGCUGCAGCUGGGGGUGUCGCAGGAGGCGCUGCGCUACCUGUGCGGCCCCUACGUGCCCGGCGAGGCGGAGGAGGAGGACGUGCGGCACGAGCUGCUGGCGCGAGUGCCCCGCCCCGCCCGCGGCCCCCUGCUGGCCCUGCUGGCGGACUCGGACGGCGCCGCGCUGGGCUCGCCACUGCUGUCCACGUCCGUCAUCGCAGCCACCGCCGCCGCCGCGGCGGCCGCCGCCCGGAGCAGUACCGGCGGCGGUGGCGGCGGCACCGGGGCUGCCGCCGCCGCUGCCGCGGCGGCGUCCGCCGCUGCGGCGGCUGCGCCGGCGCAGCCGGCGGCAGCCCAGGCUGCCGGCGGCGGCGGCGGCGGCGGCGGCCUGGGCUCGGCGGCGCUGGCGGCGCUGCCUGGCAGCAUGCUGCGAGCAGUGAGCUAUGCGCUCAACACGCUCACGGGCACCUCGGUGCCGGAGGCGGCGGCAGCAGCAGCCGGCGGCGGCGGCGGGGCCGCGGGCGGCGCCGGCGCCGCCUCGUCCGGCCCCGGCGGCGGCGGCCUGUCUGGCGGCGGCGGCUCUGGCGGCUGUGCGGCCAGUGUGGGUGUGCUCUUCCGCGGCAACCUGCUGCACCUGCUGCGGAUGCUGGCGGGCAUGCGGGCCCAGGGCCGGCUGCUGCACCCGGCGGAGUGGCACGCCUACGGCCGCGCGCUGCUGCCCGCCGCCAGCCCCGCCGAGCGCAUGGCGCUGGCGGCGCAGGUGGCGGGCGACGGCGCGGAGGCGCGCUUCUGGGCGCACCUGCCCGCCACCCUGGCGGCCGUGCGGGCCAUACGGGACAAGGUCAUGCGGCGGCGGGCGGCCGACGCCGCGACGGCACGUGCAGCCGCUGCGCCCCCGCCGCCGCCCGCCGCGGCCAGCGCGGGUGCGGCGGCGUUAGCGGCCGCGGCAGCGCCGCAGCUGAACGAGCCGCCGCCGGCACUACGCUCCCUCGCCGCGCCCGCCGCCGCAACUGCUGCUGGUGCUGCAAGCACGGCCACGGCUGCUCCAGGGCGCGGCGGCGGCGGCGGCGGCGGCGGCUCAGUCGAGAGCCUGGCAUCUCCGACGGGCUCACGGCGGUCGCUGCAGGCUUCAACGUCGCUCGGCGGCUCCGCUGCUGCUGCUGCUGCUGCGGCGGCGGCUGCGGCUUCGGCCGGGACGUCAGGCGGCGUGCUGCUGUGGGAUGAGAGCACGGCGCUGGCAGAGGCACAGGAGCGCAUCAAGUGGCACGAGGCGCUGAGCCGCGUCAUCUCCGACACCUCGCCCGCCACCGCGCAGCGGCGGCUGGUGGAGUACGUGGCGGUGGGCGACCUGCAGGCGGCGGUGGCGUUCCUGCUGGCGGCGACCCCGGAGAACAGCGCCAGGUACUACCGCGAUGCGCUGUGCACACUGGCGCUGGCGGCCGCCGCCUCCACAGCUGCAUCCGGCGCGGCGGCGGCGGCGGCGGCGGCGGCUGGCGGGCGCGAUCCGGGCGCAGGCGGCGGCGCCAGCAGCGGCGGCGCGGCAGGCACCUCGGGCGGCGGCGCGGCGCCUGGCCGCGGGCCCCAGGGCUCCAUGCUGCUAGUGCAGGCCGCCAAGGUGGUGUCGGCGCACGCGGCCUCCAUCGGCGACCUGGUGCUGGGCGUGCCGCUGCACGUGGCGGCGGGGCUGCCCGCGGAGGCGGCGGCCGUGCUGCAGGAGGUGGGCAUGUGGCGCUAUGCAGCCAACCUGGUCGCCGCUUCGCUGCCGCCGCCCGCCGCGCCCGCCGAGCGCGCCGGCGCGCUGCAGCGCUGGGCGGGCCACGUGUGGACGGCGGAGGGCAGCGCCUGGCGCGCCGCCGGCCUGCUGACGUCAGCGGGGUGCCUGGGCGAGGCCCUGCAGCUGCUGCUGGAUGCGGGGCUGCCGGAUGCGGCGGCAGCCUACGCCGCCUGCUGCCGGCACGCCGGGCUGGUGGUGGCGGUGCCGGUGCCGGCGGAGGGAGCCGGCGGCAGCGGCGCGGCGGGGGCCGCCGGGAGCGGCGCGGGUGGCGGCGGCGGAGAGGGGCGGGGGGAGGGCUCGGGAUCGGGGCGCGGCCUGAGCGGAGGCGGGGGCGGAGGUGGUGACCCCUGGGCAGCGGGGCCGUCGAGAGGCAGCAGCCUGACGGCGCCUGGCGGCGCGGGAGCCGGUGCCGCGCUGCUGGCGUCGGCAAUGUCUGUGUCCUCAUCUGGCGGCUUGGGCUUGGGCUUGGGCGAGGACGGCGCGGGCGCGGGCGGCCACAGCGGCUCCAGCGGCCUGGGUGCUGCAGCGGGCGGGGGCGGGGGCGGUGGUGGUGGUGGUGCGGGCGGGGGUGUGCUUGAGGAGCUGUUUGAUGCGUUGGAGCAGUCGCCCGGGGCCGUCGUGCCGGGCGCAGGCGUGGGCCCGGGGCCGGGGGUAAUGGCGCGUGCGGGUGCGGAGUUUGACCGGUUCGUGUGUGACCUAUUCACGCAGCUGCUGUGAGAUGUCUGAGAGCUCUCGCUGGGCACCUACUGGUAGUUUGGGGUCACGUAUGCACCUUUGCGACGUGCAGCAAAAGCAGUACGCUGAGGAAUGCAUUCCGCUCGGCCAUUGUGCGCCGUGUGGCGGCUGCCAGGGCGGAAGGGGGGCGGCAUGGAACAUCGCCUGCCGGGUACAGUACAGACGCGCAGGGGAGUGCUGGGCGGGUGCUGUCAGUGAGCCGUGUUACGCAGAGACGCUGCCCUUGCGUGUACACUAUACUAUGUCUAGAGUCUCCCCUGGUCUAGAGUGUGAUGAGGCCUGGAGGGUAGGCGGGCAGGUCGGUGCAGCGGCCAAAACCGCCUUAUGAUGGCGCCGCGCAGGUUCCCGCCUGUAUGAUGACGCCGCGCAGGCGGACGAUGUAGUCGCGUUGCGCGGUGGGCUGCCAGUGCAGGCGGUGUUGCGCCUGCAGCAAUUAUGUUAAACGACUCUUACUUAUAUGUGUGCGCUUUCAAGAACAUGUGUGUCCGCCUCAGCGCGCCGACUACGGGUUACUGCAGGAGAGUAAUUGCAUGUCACUCAUUGAACAGC